CCAUUUCAACAAUUGAAUUGCUCUCAAUUAUUAAUAAAUUAUUAAUUUUAAAAUGUCCUACAAGUGCAUCAUAGUACUCGCCUGUUGCAUUGCUUUGGCUGUAGCUAAUCCGGUGGAUUUGGUCAUUGAUGAUAAUGUAGACCUAUACGAAUUAAAUACACCAAUUUUGCAUAGACAAGCGCGAUCCCCGCAAGGAAACAUUGAUUUAACAUACAAAAAGGAUCAAUUUGGACGUGAAGCUGGUUUGCAGUAUAAUCAGAACCUCUACAAAUCCGACAAUGGACGCUUCAAUGUUGACGCCUAUGCUCAGGCUAGCAGAAAUUUUGAUUAUAACCGCAACAACUACGGAGGUGGCAUUGUUGGUUCAUGGCGUUUUUAAGCACUGACAAAUGUUAUUUAUUUUUGGUUAAAAUAAUUUAUUUUUUUCAUUUUGUAUGUACUUAAUAUUUAUAA